AUGACUAGUGUGGAGGGAUUUAGUCAUGAUGUACAACUUUUUCUUGACAUUAUAGUGAGACAGGCUACUUGGGUCGCUGGAUAUAAAGCACAGGUAUAUCGAGAGGAAAAGAAUGUUAUAGAUUUGUAUGUUAUGCUUCUAAGAUAUUCAAGCCUGGUAUUGGAGACUAUAAGAUUUCAUCGUGACUACCCAGCUUUAUCUUCAAAGGAACGAACAGCUUUCAAGAAGCAAUUACGUGUGGUGAUAGAGGAGCUCGAAUCCUUGAAACCAGAAGUUGACCGUAGUGCUGAUGACUCAAACAAGUGUCAUGCUAGAACUGACGAAUGUCAAACGAAUGGCCACGGAGGAACCACACAUAAGUCAGUGGAUUCUUCUUUUCAACUGCCUCCUGUGAAUAAUUCACUUUCUUUUGUCCCCGAUGAUAAGCCGCUUCACCAAAGUGAAAGUGCGCUUUCCUGGAACCCGAACCAAGGGAGUACUCCAUAUAAACAAUCUGGCUCCGUUAACAUACAGUUACAAAAGCAAUGGCCAUGUCCAGCUGAGGAAGAGUGUGAUGAAAAUUAUUUUCUUUCUGGAAAUAUCAGGCAACCUUCACCCCGUCCCGUGCUUGCUCAAUUGCAACCAAAACUUAGUUGUAUUUUUCCAUCACGAGUUGCUGACCCAAGACCUGGUCCAGCAAACUCAUCCCAGGCCGAUUCACGCACAUAUCGGCAUUUACAUAUUCCUGUAAAGAUAAUGGAAGAUUUUUUACGAUUGGCACAACAAAAUACUAAACAAAACUUGGAAACAUGUGGAAUUCUUGCUGGUUCUUUGAAAAACAGGACUUUCCAGAUCACCACGCUUAUUAUUCCUAAGCAGGAGUCAACUUCCCAUACGUGUCAGACGUUAAAUGAAGAAGAUAUAUUUGAGGUUCAUGACAAGCGUUCUCUUUAUACUCUUGGAUGGAUUCAUACGCAUCCAUCCCAAACCUGCUUCUUAUCCUCAGUUGAUCUGCACACACAUUACUCAUACCAGAGUAUGCUUCCGGAGGCAAUUGCAAUUGUAAUGGCCCCUACAGAUGAAUCCAGACAACAUGGAAUUUUUCACCUCUCUGACCCUGCUGGACUGAGUCUGAUUCGGAACUGUAAUCAAAGUGGUUUUCAUCCUCAUGAGAAACAAGAAGACAGUAGGCCAAUUUAUGAAGAAUGUUCUCAUGUUUAUAUGAACGAGAUGAUGAACUUCGAUGUUGUGGAUCUUCGGUGA